CCGGGGACGCUGCGGGCACGGCAGCCGCGGAGCGAGCCAUGCGGGGGGCGAGGCGGCUGGCGGGUCUGCUGUGCCCCGUCUCCCUGCUCCUCACCGCGUCGUGGGGAGUCCGCUUCCACCCGGGACAAGAGACCUUAGUGAAGCAGCUCUCCUCCUAUGAGAUCAUCACACCUGUUCGAGUGAAUGAGUUUGGAGAGGUUUUCCCGCACACGCAUCACUUCAGAAGGAGGAAAAGGAGCUUGGAGGCACCGCUGGAGCCUGCUGCUUUCCGAACACAUUACCAACUCAGUGCAUACGGGCAGGUCUUCCAGCUCAACCUGAGUGCUGAUGCAGACUUCGUUUCUGCUCAGUACACGGUGGUGCACGUCGGCGCCCCGAAGAAGCAGUCCUCCCCUGAUUUGCGCCACUGUUUCUACCGUGGUCAUGUCAAUGCCCAGGAGACGCACAUGGCUGUCUUCAGCAUCUGUGGUGGCUUGAUGGGCACCUUUAAGGCACAUGAUGGUGAAUAUAUUUUAGAACCUCUGAUGAAAGCAGACGGAGGUGAACAUGAAGAUGAACAUAACAAACCACAUCUUAUAUACAGACAUGAAGAACUUAAAAAAAAAUAUCCAAAAUCCCACAAACCUUGUGAAGUUUCAGAUAAAGAGUUGAAGAAGAGCACUUUAUUACAUUCAACCUUCAGCAGUUUAAAUGAAGAGAGCAGUGUUUUACAGAAGUCUCUCGGUUUAAAGUAUGCUUUAAAUAACCUCUCUAUAGAGGAUGGUGGCAAUCCACAUUCCAGGAAAAAGCGUUUUCUUUCCUAUCCAAGAUAUGUAGAAGUGAUGGUUACAGCUGACGUCAAAAUGGUUCGUCACCAUGGGCAGAAUUUACAACACUACAUACUAACACUGAUGUCAAUAGUUGCAGCAAUCUAUAAGGAUUCAAGUAUUGGAAAUCUUAUAAAUAUAGUUAUUGUCAAAUUAAUUGUAAUUCACAAUGAACAGGAAGGACCAGCAAUCACUUUCAAUGCAGCUACCACUCUUCGUAAUUUUUGUUUAUGGCAGCAAUCACAAAACACUUUGGAUGACACACACCCUUCUCAUCAUGAUACUGCUGUUCUCAUCACUAGGGAAGAUAUCUGCAGAGCUAGAGAGAAGUGUGAUACUCUUGGUUUAGCAGAGUUAGGUACAAUGUGUGACCCACUACGCAGCUGUUCUGUAAGUGAAGAAAAUGGAUUGAGUGCUGCUUUCACUAUAGCACAUGAGCUUGGACAUGUAUUUAAUGUGCCUCAUGAUGACAGUUUUAAAUGUAAAGAAGCUGGAAUUAAACAUCAGUAUCACGUGAUGGCUCCAACUUUAAAUUAUCAUACCAGUCCAUGGACCUGGUCAAAAUGCAGUCAAAAAUAUAUCACUGAAUUUCUCGAUACUGGCUAUGGUGAAUGCCUCCUAGACAAACCUAGUGGAAGAAUAUAUGAUCUUUCCUCUCAGCUACCAGGGUCAAUAUAUGAUGUCAACAAGCAGUGUGAACUUACGUUUGGUAUUGGAUCACAAGUGUGCCCAUAUCUGAAACAAUGCAAACGCUUAUGGUGCACAAGCACAGAAGGUGUUCACAAAGGUUGUCGUACUCAGCACAUGCCUUUGGCUGAUGGAACAGUUUGUGGUGUGGGAAUGCAUUGCCGCCGUGGAAUUUGUGUGAGCAGAGAAAUGGAGAUGCGUCCUGUAGAUGGAGAAUGGGGGCCAUGGGGACCUUACAGCUCAUGUUCAAGAACUUGCGGAGGUGGAAUCAAGAGCACUACCAGGCUUUGUAAUCGACCAGAGCCAAGAAAUGGAGGAAAGUACUGUGUCGGUCGCAGGAUGAAAUUUCGGUCAUGUAAUACGGAUUCAUGUCCAAAAGACAAAAAAGAUUUCCGCGAGCAGCAGUGCUCUGAGUUUGAUGGCAAACACUUCAACAUCAAUGGUCUUACAUCUGCGGUUCGCUGGGUUCCAAAAUACAGCGGUAUUUCUAUGAAAGAUCGCUGUAAACUUUUUUGCCGAGUUUCUGGAACAACUUCCUACUAUCAGCUGAAGGACAGAGUUGCUGAUGGUACUCCCUGUGGAGCAGAAACCAAUGACCUUUGUGUUCAAGGCUUAUGCAGGCAAGCAGGCUGUGAUCACGUUUUGAAUUCCAAGGCAAGGAUAGACAAGUGUGGAAUCUGUGGUGGUGAUAAUUCUUCAUGUAAGACACUUGCAGGUACUUUCAACAGUGCUCAUUAUGGUUACAAUGUUGUAGUAAAUAUUCCCAAAGGAGCAACAAACAUUGAUAUUCGACAGUACAGCUACUCAGGGAAACCAGAAGAUGACAAUUACCUUGCUUUAUCAGAUAUUCAUGGAAAUUUUAUCUUGAAUGGAAACUUUGUUGUAAGCAUGUCAAAAAGAGAAAUCAAUAUAAAAGGAGCCAUUUUUGAGUACAGUGGGUCAAACAAUACGAUAGAACGAAUUAACGGCACUGAUAGAGUCGAAGAGGAGCUAACCUUACAGGUUUUGUGUGUAGGGAAUUUAUACAACCCUGAUGUGCGUUAUUCAUUCAAUGUCCCAAUAGAAGAUGGAAGUGAUUUAUUUACGUGGGAUCCUUAUGGACCCUGGCAAGACUGCAGCAGGAUGUGCCAAGGUAUCCGAAGAAGAAGAAUGACAUGUAUACGUAAAAGUGAUCGUGUGGUAGUGUCUGAUCAAAGAUGUGAACUUAUACCCACUGUACCAAGUGUCUUUGAGGAGUGUAAUACGGAGUGUGAAUUAAGGUGGCACAAUGUUGGCAAAAGUGACUGCACAACAAGGUGUGGUCCAGGUUAUCGGUCUAUUGAGAUCCGCUGCAUGAAAUACUCUAUUUCAAAAGGACUCAGUGCUCCAGUGGAUGAUAAGUACUGUGCUGACCAGCAGAGACCACCAACCAGAGAGCCCUGCCAUGGUGACUGUAUGUUAACAAGCUGGCACUACACAGAAUGGUCAGAGUGUUCCAGGAGCUGUGCAAGAGGUGUCAGAACCAGAGAAGCUUUUUGUAUGAAUAACUUGGGUCGUCAUCUUCCUGACCGAGAAUGCCAGGAACUUCCAAAAGUUGUAACACAGAGUUGCAAUGAAUUCCUAUGUCCAAGCUGGUCAGUUACUGAAUGGAGUGAGUGUCCUGUGACAUGUGGCAAAGGAAUGAAGCAUCGUCAUGUCUGGUGCCAACUUAAUGAUGAACAAAUGAGAGAUGACUUCUGUAAUCCAAAUGACAGACCAGAAUCAGUGACACCAUGUGAACUUCGUGAAUGUGCAUCUUGGCAAGUAGGGCCUUGGGGAUCAUGUUCUGUAACAUGUGGACGUGGAUACCAGAUGCGUGCAGUCAAAUGUGUAACUGGGACUUACCGUGCUAUUUUAAGUGAUGACAGGGAGUGCAAUGCUGCUAGUCGUCCUAGAGAUAACCAAGAAUGUGAAUUGCCCUCUUGUCCAGAAAAUACAAAAUUAUGGACUACAUCACUUCCUCUAGUUCAUGUUGGGAAAGUGACCCAAUGGAGAUAUGGAUCAUGGACCCCAUGCUCUGCAACCUGUGGGAAGGGUGAUCGUGCUCGCUAUGUGAGUUGUAGAGAUGCUCAUGGAGGAAUAGCCGAUGAGUCUUUCUGUGCUCAUUUACCACGACCAGCUGAAACUGCAAGCUGCUUUAGCCCAUGUGGAGAGUGGCAAGUUGGAAAUUGGUCCCCUUGCACAGUUACGUGUGAUAGUGGAAUAGUAACAAGACAAGUUAUCUGUGUCAACUAUAAUCAACAAAUCAAUGAGAAUUACUGUGAUCCUGAAGGCCGACCAUCUAAGGAACAAGAAUGUAACAUGCCACCAUGUCCACCUGUUUACCAUCAUAUUCCAAAAAUGCACGACCCUCCAAGCCAUUUUCCAGAAAUAGAUUACCUCCCAAUACACUCUCCACAAGACAAUUUAAACCAGUGGAACCGUCCCUCUGUGGAAGGAUAUCAAUGGAGAACUGGACCCUGGGGAGCAUGCUCUAGUACUUGUGCAGGUGGAUUUCACCGUCGAGUUGUAGUAUGUCAAGAUGAGGAAGGAAGAAGUGCUAGUUAUUGUGAUGAGACAACAAAACCUCCAGAGUCAAGACACUGUGAUUCUGGACCCUGCCCACGGUGGAACUUUGGGAAUUGGGGAGAAUGUACUCAGACUUGUGGAGAUGGAAUAAAAACAAGACUGGUGAUUUGUCAGCUUCCUACUGGCCAAAUGUUGGGUGAUCAAAACUGUGAAAUUCUAGACAAGCCACCUAAUAUGGCGCAAUGUAAUGUGCAUUCUUGCCCUGGUGAUGUUUCAUGGCAUCGGGGACCGUGGAAAUCGGUACGAUAGCAUUCACUAAUAUUUUUUGCUUUCUUGUUCUUUGUGUCACUCUAUUUUCCCUUGUCUUUUAAAUGUUAUAUUAUUAUUUGAUUUGAUAACAGUGAAAUAAUAAUGCAUGUGGAACACAGUCUAUCUAUUCUUAUUAGGACAUUAUUCCUGCAGUCAUUGAAUAUAAGAGAAGCAGCCAUUUCCUUCAGUGGGAACAUUAUUAAGUUCUGUAAAAGAUUAU